GCUACUCUGAGUUUACAAGCUGCUCCGCUGUGGGGGAUCGCAGUAAAGAGUAUGAUAGUUCAUCCCUUACCAAUUACGCCUCCGAUUGGAAUACAUAUGAGUCUUUUAUCAUGGAGCUGGAUGGCACGAUCACCUGUGACGAAAGGACACGAAGACUAUAUUGUCACUUUUAUGUGUAGGCACCAAUGUUUAUUUUAAAGACUGAUGCGAAUAUUUCUUUUGGUUGGUUACGAGCGAUUUUUGGUGGUGGUGAAAAAGUGAGGAAUUAAACAAACUAUGAAUUUUUCACGUAUUUACGCAAGAUUUGGACACAUUUUCUCAACAAACCUUUCUUUUUGGGAGCAUCACCAUAACGGGAGUAUACAAGAUCCAACGCCUUUUGCUAUAGACUUCCUUUUUGCAGGCCACGAACCUGGCACUAUUAUUUUAAUGAUUAUGUAUUUAAUAUCCUUCCUUACAGGACUUGUGGGGAAUGUUAUGGCGCUUCUAGCCCUUACUCGAAAAAAGAAUCGACUAACCGGUGCCUCAGUAACCAGAAAACUGCUGAUAAAUUUGGCGGUUUGUGAUAUGAUGGUGGUGUGUGUCUGCAUGCCCGUUAAUCUCGGGCACCAGGUGUAUAACGCCUGGGUGUUUGGGGACUUCUUGUGUCGUGUUGUACCCUUUGUUCAAGCUGUUUCUGUGUCCGCAAGUGUGUUAAGUCUUGCUGUAAUAAGCCUCAACAGAUACUAUAGUGUCCACAACCCUCUCCAUGCUCGGUUCUUCUUCACAGGCAGGAAGAUGGUGUGCAUGAUAACACUGGUCUGGACAGUGUCAUCUGGGCUGUGCUUACCUCUAGUUUUCAUGAACAAAACCAAAACGCUUUCUUUGCUAGACGGAUUACAUAUCAUUACGGUGUGCGUCGAGAGCUGGUCCAAAGAAAAACUUCGCCAAGGCUACAACUUCUUACUGUUCUGCGCCUUGUAUGGAUUUCCCGUUUUAUUUAAUCUUAUUAUAUGUUUUCUUACCGGCUGUAAAUUGUGGUGUACCACAAACAAAUCUAGUGAACCCAGUAAAUGUGUUUUAACUCAGCCAGUGAGUCGACUCAAAACGCGCAAGAAAAUAGCCAAGAUGGUCCUCGUUCUGGUUUUGCUUUUCACGUUCUCGUGGCUACCACUUUAUGCAGCAGAUAUCUGGAUUGACUUCAACAUGCCCAGUUCCUUGGACAGAGUGGUGCUCCACCACGCUGAGCACGAAUGGAUCCUUCAGUGCCGGCCGUUUGCGCAGUGGCUGGGGCUGACCAAUUCCGCACUGAACCCGCUGUGCUACUGCUUCGUGGGUAAACUGUACAGGUCUGCGAAGAGGUUCCGAAGGAGCACCCGAGAGAAAAUAUCUUCUGUCUUUAACGUGGCUCAGCAGACGUCUUCAAUCAAUUCUGCCCUCAGCGUUCAAUCACCCUGUCGUACGUUAUCCGAAAAGCACUGCCCCAAGCAAACAGAUGGACGGACUGCGCUAUAUUCAGAGACAGGUUGAACACACGCGUGUCUGCCAUAACUGUGCGUGAGACUGCAUUUAAUUGACUUAAUUGUCAUUGACAUAAAAAUGUCGGAUUUGAUGUUUUGUGGUGUUGUAAGGGAGUUCAGUAUAGGAAAAACUGAGAUUAAGUGUGCUUUUACUAAGCCUAUAUGUAAUUCAGUACUGUUGUGGGCUCUCAUUAACGCCUUUUUACUCUGAUUUGGUGAAACGUGCUUUUGUGCAUUUCUAUUAAAUAUAUUCAAAUUAAAUCUCCACCUGGCAAAUAUAAGCAUGUGUGCUUAUAAAAAAGGCUUUCAAACUUUUAGCAGAUUUUUGUGUGCUUCUGCAAUCAUUUUAAUAAGGGUCAUUAAAAGGUUAUCAGAGGCAUAUGCAUAUAUCGUAGUCAUGUGUUACUGGCAUUUAUGUGUUCACUAUAAAUCACUGCUGAACAGAGGGAAGCAAAGAAUUAUUUUC